AUGUCGACCCUAAUAGAUAUUCUUCCGGCUGUAAAAUCAACAACAUCUACAGCUCAUUAUGACCAUGCUAACUCUCCAUGGUUUAAGGAAAGAUAUCUCAGCAAUCCAGAACCAGCUCACGCUGCUGUAAUUGCACAUGCAAAAGCGAAAAUAAUUCCUCCUUAUCUAAACCGACAUGGCUUCGUGCUUCGCAAACCUGAGGAUUUUGGUGAUGGAGGUGCGUUUCCUGAGAUUCCUGUUGCACAAUACCCGCUUGGUAUGGGUAGGAAAGAUGGACAAGCGAAGCUUGGGUCUAAAAUCUUACCACUCACAGUUGAUGCUCAGGGUAAUGUUGCGUUUGAUGCAAUUGUCAGGCAGAACGAGAAUGCUUCAAAGAUUGUUUACGCUUCACACAUAGACCUAGUUCCUAAGGUUUUGAAAGCUGGUGGACAUGAACCUGAACAAUCUGACGAAGAAUUGCAGAAAGAGAUUGAAGAAACAACCCAGAGCACAAAAGCUGCUCUUGAAAAGAUUGUGAAUGAUAAUUUGAGUGGAGCACAACCGAAGAAUGCCGUCGCUUCACAGUCGUCUGAUACACAAUUGAUCCAGUAUACACCAUCCGGACAAUCGGCAGCUUUCAAUUCGGGAGCAAAGAAGAGGCUGGUUAAGCUGGCUAACAUUCAAAGGGAUCCACUUGAACCACUAAAGUUCAGGCACAAGAAGGUUCCAAGGGGAUCUGGGUCCCCACCUGUGCCGGUUAUGCAUUCCCCUCCUCGGCAGCUAACCGUGAAAGAUUACCAAGACUUCAAAAUCCCUCCAUGUAUAUCAAAUUGGAAGAAUCCAAAAGGUUAUACAAUUCCACUGGAUAAACGUUUGGCUGCAGAUGGUAGAGGUCUUCAAGAAGUUCAGAUUAAUGAUAAUUUUGCAAAGCUUGCAGAAGCGUUGUAUGUUGCAGAGGAGAAGGCUAGAGAAUCAGUGGCAAUGAGAUCGAAGGUUCAUAAAGAAAUGUUGUUAAAGGAACAGCAAAGGAAGGAACUAGAGUUACGGGCCUUGGCGCAAAAAGCUCGGUCUGAAAGGAAAAUUGGUGGUGCUCCCCCUCCUUUAUCUGUUUCUCUGCCUACUCCUGACAGGAUCAUGAGUGAUCGUGGUGAGGAUAUACAGGAAAAUGAUAGGGAGAGUAGGGAAGAAAGAGAAGAACGAUUGAAGAGAGAAAAGAUUCGCGAAGAGAGAAAGAGGGAAAGGGAAAGAGAGAGAAGGUUGGAAGCUAAGGAUGCAGCGACUGGGAAGAAGAGUAAGAUUAUUAGGGAUAGAGAUAGAGAUGUUAGUGAAAAGGUUGCAUUAGGUAUGGCUAACACUGGAGCUGCUACUCGUGGCGGAGAAAUUAUGUACGAUCAAAGACUUUUCAACCAAGAUAAAGGAAUGGACUCUGGAUUCGCAACUGACGAUCAAUACAACUUGUAUGAUAAAAAGUUGUUUACAGCACAAAAUACUAUAUCUACUCUGUAUAAGCCGAGGAAAGAUACUGAUAGUGAAAUGUAUGGAGGUGCAGAUGAGCAGCUUGAGGAGGUUAUGAAAACAGAUAGAUUUAAGCCCGAUAAAGCAUUUACGGGUGUUCCUGAAAGGGCAGGUCCCAGGGAUAGGCCAAUUGAGUUUGACGAACCAUCUGAAAAAGAUGAUGAUCCGUUCGGGUUGAAUAGGAUUCUCGAGGUACAGGGGGGACGUAAAAAGCCUUUGGAUAAAGUUGGGAGUGGUGGAACAAUGAGGGCAAGUGGUGGUGGAUCUUCCAGAGAUGAUUAUAAUAGUGGAUCUGGUCAAUGCCGAACUCGCAUUAGGUUUGAAAAAGGUGGACGUUAG